AUGAGGGUCAAGAAGAAGAACACCACUGGUAACGCGAGGAAUUUUGUGACGAGAUCUCAGGCUGUGCGCAAGCUACAGAUAUCGUUGGCAGACUUCAGAAGAUUAUGUAUCUUCAAAGGCAUCUACCCCCGGGAACCCCGGAACAAGAAGAAGGCCAACAAGGGCUCAACCGCGCCUACGACCUUUUACUACUACAAAGAUAUCCAGUACUUGCAGCACGAGCCGGUGUUGGCGAAGUUCCGCGAGCAUAAGACGUUUGCGAAGAAGUUGACGCGGGCGCUGGGCCGUGGAGAAGUGUCGUCUGCGAAGAAGCUGGAGGAGAACAAAUCGCACUACAAGCUAGACCACAUCAUCAAGGAGCGGUACCCUAGCUUUGCUGAUGCGCUGCGCGACCUGGACGACGCGCUAAACAUGCUGUUCCUGUUUGCCAACCUGCCAGCGACGGACCAGGUGUCAACCCGUGUGACGAAGGACGCACAGGAGCUGUGCAACCAGUGGCUUGCGCUGAUUGCGCGUGAACGCCUCGUUAGAAAGGUGUUUGUCUCGAUCAAGGGUGUGUACUACCAGGCCAACGUGCGCGGCGAGGAAGUCAGAUGGCUCGUUCCCUACAAGUUCCCGGAAAACAUUCCAUCUGACGUUGACUUCCGGAUCAUGCUCACGUUCCUCGAAUUUUACUCCACGCUAUUGCAUUUUGUGCUGUAUAAGCUGUACACCGACAACGGGCUAGUUUACCCACCAAAGUUGGACAUCAAGAAGAACAAACUCAUCGGUGGUAUCAGCGCAUACAUUUUGGAAUCCAAAGACGCGCCAUUCCUGUCUUCCGUCGAUGGCUCGGCUGAUUCUGAGAAUCAGGAGGUGCAAGUGCUAGACAAGAAGGCGUUGCGUCAUGCGAUGAAGGCUGAUGACAAGGCUGGCAGCGAGGCUGAUGAAGGGGAUGCGGACAGUAACGAGCAGGUGACCAACAUAGAGCUGGACGACUUCGAAGAUAAGAAUAAAAACCACGGUGAUAUCCUUGAACAGCCGUCCCAGUACGACUCUCCAACCUCCACUCUUUUCAGCGAAUUUGUCUUUUACAUUGGUAGGGAAGUUCCAGUGGAUAUUCUCGAGUUUUUGAUUGUGUCGUGCGGAGGCUCCGUUAUAUCAGAGGCUGCGUUGGACCAGGCAGAUGCGGCCAAUGUUGAUGUCAGCAAGGUUACUCAUCAGCUGGUAGACCGCCCAGUCGUGAAGAACAAGGUUGCUGGUAGAACCUACAUCCAGCCCCAGUGGGUCUUUGACUCCAUCAACAAGGGUGAGCUUGUUCCAGCUAACCUAUAUCUACCAGGCGAAUCUUUGCCACCCCAUCUAUCGCCAUGGGGUGAUUCGGUUGGCUACGACCCUGCUGCGGAACUCGCUGAAGAAGAGGCUGAAAGUGAGGAAGAGGAAGAGGUUUCUGAUGAGGCUGAGGGCGACGAGGAGGCCACCCUAGCCGCCGAAGAGGACGAGGAGGAUGAGGCCGAGGCCGAGGAGCUACGGGCACAGAAAGAGCUAGAAUUGGAAGCCCAAGGUGUGACCUACUCUGAGGCAGCAGACAGUGCCGCUCCUUCCAAGAAGGCGUCGAAACAGAAGAAGAGAAAGACCGAAGAGGAGGAGGAAAAGGACUUGAAGCUGAUCAUGAUGAGUAACAAGCAAAGAAAGCUAUUCAAGAAGAUGAAGUACUCCAACCAGCAGAAAGAACAGGAAAUAGAAACCCUGAAGCAGAAGAAGAAGCAGAUCGCGAAGACCAAGGCCAAGUUGAAGAAGUUGGAAAACUAG